UUGUGAUAUAGCAAAUAUCUUAAACAAUCACUAACAAGAUUUUCUUAUGUCACGCUCUGUAUGUUUAAGAAAUUCCAUGAUUCUCCUUAAUGCAUAAGAAUCCUAAAGUUGACAACCUUUUGAAACUACAAGAGCCUAGCUAAGACUUCCAAUUACUUAGCUACUAUACUACUCUUUCCCUUUUAUUCCCCCCUUUAAUUAAUUCUAGUGGCUUUCCCUCCUUUUAAUUUCCUCUUUCUUUCUACCUCUCAAUUCCUCUCCCACAUAUAUUGCUAGCGGUUAGGUAUAACAGCUAGAAGAAAUUAGUGAUAGGAAAUGAAAGAGGAUUAGAUACAUAUGGAUCAAGAAAUCUCUAGUAAAGAUGAUUUCUUUCCAAGAAAUAAGCAGCAAAAUUACCAUGCUGCCACUGGCAAUAAUACGAGUGAUAGACUGAAGAGAGAUGAAUGGAGUGAAGGAGCAGUUUCAUGCCUUCUCGAAGCUUAUGAAGCUAAAUGGAUACUCCGUAACAGAGCUAAGCUCAAGGGACAAGAUUGGGAAGACGUAGCGAAACAUGUGUCGGCGCGUGGCAAUUCCACGCGAUCUCCUAAGACACAGACGCAGUGUAAGAACAAAAUUGAGUCGAUGAAGAAACGGUACCGAUCGGAAUCCGCCACCGCCGCUGAUGCUUCUUCGUGGCCGCUCUAUCCUCGCCUUGACCUUUUGUUACGUGGAAAUAAUGCUUCCGCAGCUUCCACUUCUGUUAUUCCUCCUCCACCGCCGGCUGUGGUGGAACCACCGCAGCCGGCAGCUGUACUACCGCCACCUCCUAUUCCGGUUCCUCCGCCUCCUCCACCGCCGCUGCCGACGGCUGUGCCAAUUGGGAAUGGUGGUCAGAAUUCGAAUGGGUCUAAUGGUGUUGAUAGAGCUGCAAAGGAAGACAUAAUGGAUGCCAAAUUGUCGGACAAUGCAGCAUCAGACAAACAUGCAAUGGAUACAAACAGCAGCACGCCGGCCCUCUACAGCGACGACAAGAGCAAGUCGAAGAAUGUGAAACUGAGAUCAAUGGAGAAAAAAUCAAAGAACAAGCGAAAGAGGGCAGAAGGGUGGGAAAUUGGGGAGAGUAUAAGGUUACUAGCAGAAGUAGUAGUAAGGUCAGAGCAAGCAAGAAUGGAGACAAUGAGAGAGAUUGAGAGAAUGAGAGCAGAAGCUGAGGCCAAAAGAGGUGAAAUGGACCUCAAGCGAACAGAAAUAAUUGCCAAUACCCAACUUGAGAUUGCUAAGCUCUUUGCAAGUAUUACUAAAGGAGUUGACCCUUCUUUGAGAAUUGGAAGAAGUUGAGAAAUAAUUAGUACUGCGGAAAAUAACGUUCUCUCCAUCUUUUACUGAUAUCUUCUUGACCCACUGCCUAAUGGAAGACAUUUUAUUUAGAUUACUGACUAGCAGUUCCAUUUUCUUGCUGAUUUGUAUCCUUAAGAUCUUUACAGUAUCACUUCUUUCUUUGAAAAUGACAGACGAAUAAUCCAUCAA